AUGGCGAGCGAGAAGCCGGGCCCAGGCCCCGGGCUCGAGCCUCAGCCCGUGGGGCUCAUCGCCGUCGGGGCCGGAGGCGGAGGCGGCGGGGGCAGCGGCGGUGGCGGCAGCGGGGGCAGCGGGAUGGGAGAGCUGAGGGGGGCGUCCGGCUCCGGCUCGGUGGUGCUGCCCGCGGGGAUGAUUAACCCUUCCGUGCCGAUCCGCAACAUCCGGAUGAAAUUCGCAGUGUUGAUUGGACUCAUACAGGUCGGAGAGGUCAGCAACAGGGACAUCGUGGAGACGGUGCUCAACCUGCUGGUUGGCGGAGAAUUUGACUUGGAGAUGAACUUUAUUAUCCAGGAUGCUGAGAGUAUAACAUGCAUGACAGAGCUUUUGGAGCACUGUGAUGUAACAUGUCAAGCAGAAAUAUGGAGCAUGUUUACAGCCAUUUUACGAAAAAGUGUUCGGAAUUUACAGACUAGCACAGAAGUUGGGCUAAUUGAACAAGUAUUGCUGAAAAUGAGUGCUGUAGAUGACAUGAUAGCAGAUCUUCUAGUUGAUAUGUUGGGGGUUCUUGCCAGCUACAGCAUCACUGUCAAGGAGUUGAAGCUUUUGUUCAGCAUGCUUCGAGGAGAAAGUGGAAUCUGGCCAAGACAUGCUGUAAAAUUAUUAUCAGUUCUUAAUCAGAUGCCACAAAGACAUGGUCCUGAUACUUUUUUCAAUUUCCCUGGUUGUAGUGCUGCGGCAAUUGCAUUGCCUCCUAUUGCAAAGUGGCCUUAUCAGAAUGGCUUUACUCUAAAUACUUGGUUUCGUAUGGAUCCAUUAAAUAACAUUAAUGUGGAUAAGGAUAAACCUUAUCUUUAUUGUUUUCGUACUAGCAAAGGAGUUGGUUAUUCUGCUCACUUCGUUGGCAAUUGUCUAAUAGUCACAUCACUGAAGUCUAAAGGAAAAGGUUUUCAGCACUGUGUGAAAUAUGAUUUUCAACCCCGUAAGUGGUACAUGAUCAGCAUUGUCCACAUUUAUAAUCGAUGGAGGAACAGUGAAAUUCGGUGUUAUGUUAAUGGACAGCUGGUAUCCUAUGGUGAUAUGGCUUGGCAUGUUAACACAAAUGAUAGCUAUGACAAGUGCUUUCUCGGAUCUUCAGAAACUGCUGAUGCAAAUAGGGUGUUCUGUGGUCAGCUUGGUGCCGUGUAUGUAUUCAGUGAAGCGCUCAACCCUGCGCAGAUAUUUGCAAUUCAUCAGUUAGGACCUGGAUAUAAGAGCACCUUCAAAUUUAAAUCUGAGAGUGACAUUCAUUUGGCAGAACAUCAUAAACAGGUUCUGUAUGAUGGGAAACUUGCAAGUAGUAUUGCAUUUACAUAUAAUGCUAAGGCCACCGAUGCUCAGCUAUGCUUGGAAUCAUCACCAAAGGAAAAUGCAUCAAUUUUUGUUCAUUCCCCACAUGCUCUAAUGCUCCAGGAUGUGAAAGCUAUAGUAACACAUUCAAUUCAUAGUGCAAUUCAUUCAAUUGGAGGGAUUCAAGUGCUUUUUCCACUUUUUGCCCAACUGGACAAUCGGCAGCUCAAUGACAGUCAAGUGGAAACAACUGUCUGUGCUACUCUUUUGGCAUUCCUGGUUGAACUACUUAAAAGUUCAGUAGCCAUGCAAGAACAGAUGCUGGGUGGAAAAGGCUUUUUAGUCAUUGGCUACUUACUUGAAAAGUCAUCAAGAGUUCAUAUAACUAGAGCUGUCCUGGAGCAAUUUUUAUCCUUUGCAAAAUACCUUGAUGGUUUAUCUCAUGGAGCACCUUUGCUAAAGCAGCUUUGUGAUCACAUUUUAUUCAACCCAGCCAUCUGGAUACAUACACCUGCAAAGGUUCAGCUUUCCCUAUACACUUACUUGUCUGCUGAAUUUAUCGGAACUGCUACCAUUUACACCACCAUACGCAGAGUAGGAACAGUAUUACAGCUAAUGCACACAUUAAAAUAUUACUACUGGGUCAUUAAUCCUGCUGACAGUAGCGGCAUUACACCUAAAGGAUUAGAUGGUCCCCGGCCAUCACAAAAGGAAAUUAUAUCACUACGGGCAUUUAUGCUACUUUUUCUGAAACAGCUCAUACUAAAGGAUCGAGGGGUCAAGGAAGAUGAACUUCAGAGUAUAUUAAAUUACCUACUUACCAUGCAUGAGGAUGAAAAUAUUCAUGAUGUGUUACAGUUACUAGUGGCUUUAAUGUCAGAACACCCAGCCUCAAUGAUACCAGCAUUUGAUCAAAGAAAUGGAAUAAGAGUAAUCUACAAAUUAUUGGCUUCUAAAAGUGAAAGUAUUUGGGUUCAAGCUCUGAAAGUUCUGGGAUACUUUCUGAAGCAUUUAGGUCACAAGAGAAAAGUGGAAAUUAUGCAUACUCAUAGUCUUUUCACUCUUCUUGGAGAAAGGCUGAUGUUGCAUACAAACACUGUGACUGUCACCACAUACAACACACUUUAUGAGAUCUUGACAGAGCAAGUAUGUACUCAAGUUGUACACAAACCACAUCCAGAGCCAGAUUCUACAGUGAAAAUUCAGAAUCCAAUGAUUCUUAAGGUGGUGGCAACUCUGUUAAAAAAUUCUACACCAAGUGCAGAACUGAUGGAAGUUCGUCGUUUAUUUUUAUCUGACAUGAUAAAACUUUUCAGUAACAGCCGUGAAAAUAGAAGAUGCUUAUUGCAGUGUUCAGUGUGGCAGGAUUGGAUGUUUUCUCUUGGCUAUAUCAAUCCUAAAAAUUCUGAGGAACAGAAGAUUACCGAGAUGGUCUACAAUAUCUUCCGGAUUCUGUUGUAUCAUGCAAUAAAAUAUGAAUGGGGAGGAUGGAGAGUCUGGGUGGAUACGCUCUCAAUAGCCCAUUCCAAGGUCACUUAUGAAGCACAUAAGGAAUACCUAGCCAAAAUGUAUGAAGAAUAUCAGAGACAAGAGGAGGAAAACAUUAAAAAGGGAAAAAAAGGGAAUGUGAGCACUAUCUCUGGUCUUUCAUCACAGACUACAGGAGCAAAAGGUGGAAUGGAAAUUCGAGAGAUAGAAGAUCUUUCACAAAGCCAGAGUCCAGAAAGUGAGACAGAUUACCCUGUCAGCACAGAUACUAGAGACUUGCUCAUGUCAACAAAAGUGUCAGAUGAUAUUCUUGGAAAUUCAGAUAGACCGGGAAGUGGUGUACAUGUGGAAGUGCAUGAUCUUUUAGUUGAUAUAAAAGCAGAGAAAGUAGAAGCAACAGAAGUAAAGCUUGAUGAUAUGGAUUUAUCACCAGAGACUUUAGUAGGUGGAGAGAAUGGUGCCCUUGUGGAGGUUGAAUCUUUGUUGGAUAAUGUAUAUAGUGCUGCUGUUGAGAAACUCCAGAACAAUGUACAUGGAAGUGUUGGUAUCAUUAAAAAAAAUGAAGAAAAGGAUAACGGUCCAUUGAUAACAUUAGCAGAUGAGAAAGAUGAACUUCCUAAUAGUAGUACGUCAUUUCUCUUUGAUAAAAUACCCAAACAGGAGGAGAAACUUCUUCCUGAACUUUCUAGCAAUCACAUUAUUCCAAAUAUCCAGGAUACACAAGUACAUCUUGGUGUUAGUGAUGAUCUUGGAUUGCUUGCUCACAUGACUGGUAGUGUAGACUUGAGUUGUACAUCAAGUAUAAUAGAAGAAAAAGAGUUCAAAAUCCAUACAACUUCAGAUGGAAUGAGCAGUAUUUCUGAAAGAGACUUAGCGUCAUCCUCUAAAGGGUUAGAGUAUGCUGAAAUGACCGCUACAACUCUGGAAACUGAGUCAUCUGGUAGCAAAAUUGUACCAAAUAUUGAUGCAGGAAGUAUAAUUUCAGACACUGAGAGAUCUGACGAUGGCAAAGAAUCAGGAAAGGAAAUUCGAAAAAUCCAGACCACUGCUACAACGCAAGCUGUUCAGGGUCGGUCUAUUACACAGCAAGACAGAGAUCUCCGCGUCGAUUUAGGAUUUCGAGGAAUGCCGAUGACUGAGGAACAGCGGCGCCAGUUCAGCCCAGGCCCACGCACUACAAUGUUCCGUAUUCCUGAGUUUAAAUGGUCUCCAAUGCACCAGCGACUUCUCACCGAUUUACUAUUUGCAUUAGAAACAGAUGUACAUGUUUGGAGGAGUCAUUCCACAAAGUCUGUAAUGGAUUUUGUCAAUAGUAAUGAAAAUAUUAUUUUUGUACAUAACACAAUUCACCUCAUUUCCCAAAUGGUAGACAACAUCAUUAUUGCUUGUGGAGGAAUUUUACCUUUGCUCUCUGCUGCUACAUCACCAACUGGUUCUAAGACGGAAUUGGAAAAUAUUGAAGUGACACAAGGCAUGUCAGCUGAGACAGCAGUAACUUUCCUCAGCCGAUUGAUGGCUAUGGUUGAUGUACUUGUAUUUGCCAGCUCUCUAAAUUUUAGUGAGAUUGAAGCUGAAAAAAACAUGUCUUCUGGAGGUUUAAUGAGACAGUGCCUAAGGUUAGUUUGUUGUGUUGCUGUGAGAAACUGUUUAGAAUGUCGGCAGAGACAGAGAGACAGGGGGAGCAAAUCUUCCCAUGGCAGCAGUAAACCUCAGGAAGCUCCCCAAAGUGUGACCGCCACAGCAUCUUCAAAGACUCCAUUAGAAAGUGUUCCAGGUAACCUUUCUCCUAUUAAAGAUCCUGAUAGACUUCUUCAGGAUGUUGAUAUUAAUCGCCUUCGUGCUGUCGUCUUUCGGGAUGUGGAUGAUAGCAAGCAGGCACAGUUCUUAGCUCUAGCUGUUGUUUACUUCAUUUCGGUUCUGAUGGUUUCCAAGUAUCGUGACAUAUUAGAACCCCAGCGAGAGACUGCAAGAACUGGAAGCCAACCAGGUAGAAACAUCAGACAAGAAAUAAAUUCGCCAACAAGUACAGUUGUGGUCAUACCAUCUAUCCCUCAUCCAAGUUUGAACCAUGGAUUCCUUGCCAAGUUAAUUCCUGAGCAGAGCUUUGCCCACUCAUUUUACAAAGAAACACCUGCUACAUUUCCAGACACUGUAAAGGAAAAAGAAACACCAACCGCUGGUGAAGAUAUUCAGCUAGAAAGUUCCAUUCCACAUACAGAUUCAGGAAUUGGAGAGGAGCAAGUGGCUAGCAUCCUGAAUGGGGCAGAAAUAGAGGCGGGCCCAGGCCCUGAUGCCAUGAGUGAACUGUUAUCCACUUUGUCAUCUGAAGUGAAGAAAUCACAGGAAAGCUUAACUGAGAACCCCAGUGAACUGUUGAAACCCGCACCAUCCAUAUCUAGCAUUAGUCAAACCAAAGGCAUCAAUGUCAAGGAGAUACUGAAAAGUCUUGUGGCUGCCCCAGUUGAAAUUGCAGAAUGUGGCCCUGAACCUAUCCCAUACCCAGAUCCAGCAUUGAAGAGAGAAGCGCAAGCUAUUCUUCCUAUGCAGUUUCAUUCCUUUGACAGGAGUGUCGUGGUACCUGUUAAGAAGCCCCCUCCAGGUAGUUUGGCUGUAACCACUGUGGGAGCCACUGCUGCUGGAAGUGGGCUGCCAACAGGCAGUACCUCUAAUAUAUUUGCUGCUACUGGAGCUACACCAAAAAGUAUGAUUAAUACAACAGGUGCCGUGGAUUCAGGGUCCUCCUCCUCUUCCUCCUCUUCUAGUUUUGUGAAUGGUGCUACCAGCAAAAACCUUCCAGCUGUACAAACUGUUGCUCCAAUGCCAGAGGACUCGGCUGAAAACAUGAGCAUCACUGCAAAACUUGAAAGAGCUUUAGAAAAAGUUGCUCCUCUUCUUCGUGAAAUUUUUGUAGACUUUGCCCCAUUCCUAUCUCGUACACUUCUUGGCAGUCAUGGACAAGAGCUAUUGAUAGAAGGCCUCGUUUGUAUGAAGUCUAGCACAUCUGUGGUUGAGCUUGUUAUGCUGCUUUGUUCUCAGGAAUGGCAGAAUUCUAUUCAGAAGAAUGCAGGACUUGCAUUUAUUGAACUCAUCAAUGAAGGAAGAUUACUAUGCCAUGCUAUGAAGGACCAUAUAGUUCGUGUUGCAAAUGAAGCUGAGUUUAUUUUGAACAGACAGAGAGCUGAGGAUGUACAUAAACAUGCAGAGUUUGAGUCACAGUGUGCCCAGUAUGCUGCUGAUAGAAGAGAGGAAGAAAAGAUGUGUGAUCAUCUCAUAAGUGCUGCUAAACAUCGAGAUCACGUUACAGCAAACCAACUGAAACAGAAGAUCCUUAACAUUCUCACAAAUAAGCAUGGCGCUUGGGGAGCGGUUUCUCAUAGCCAACUGCAUGAUUUCUGGCGUUUGGAUUACUGGGAAGAUGAUCUUCGCCGAAGGAGACGGUUUGUUCGUAAUGCGUUUGGCUCCACUCACGCUGAAGCACUCCUCAAGGCUGCAGUAGAGUAUGGCACUGAAGAAGAUGUGGUAAAGUCCAAGAAAGCCUUCAGAAGUCAAGCAAUAGUGAAUCAAAAUGCAGAGACAGAACUUAUGCUGGAAGGAGAUGAUGAUGCAGUCAGUCUCCUGCAGGAGAAAGAAAUCGACAAUCUUGCAGGCCCAGUGGUUCUCAGUACCCCAGCCCAGCUCAUCGCUCCUGUGGUGGUGGCGAAGGGGACUCUUUCCAUCACCACGACAGAAAUCUACUUCGAGGUAGAUGAGGAUGAUCCUGCCUUCAAGAAGAUCGACACGAAAGUUCUUGCAUACACUGAAGGACUUCAUGGAAAAUGGAUGUUCAGCGAGAUACGAGCUGUGUUUUCAAGACGUUAUCUUCUACAAAACACUGCUUUGGAAGUAUUUAUGGCAAACCGAACCUCGGUUAUGUUUAAUUUCCCUGAUCAAGCAACAGUAAAAAAAGUUGUCUAUAGCUUGCCUCGGGUUGGAGUAGGGACCAGCUAUGGUUUGCCGCAAGCCAGGAGGAUAUCACUGGCCACUCCUCGGCAGCUUUAUAAAUCUUCCAACAUGACUCAGCGUUGGCAAAGAAGGGAAAUUUCAAACUUCGAAUAUUUGAUGUUCCUUAACACUAUAGCAGGACGGACAUAUAAUGACCUGAACCAAUAUCCCGUGUUUCCAUGGGUAUUAACAAACUAUGAAUCAGAAGAAUUGGAUUUGACUCUUCCAGGAAACUUCAGAGAUCUAUCAAAGCCAAUCGGUGCUUUGAACCCAAAGAGAGCUGUAUUUUACGCAGAGCGUUAUGAGACGUGGGAAGAUGAUCAAAGCCCCCCCUACCAUUAUAAUACGCAUUACUCAACAGCAACAUCUACCUUAUCCUGGCUUGUUCGAAUUGAACCUUUCACAACCUUCUUCCUCAAUGCCAAUGAUGGAAAGUUUGACCAUCCAGAUCGAACCUUCUCGUCGGUUGCAAGAUCUUGGAGAACUAGUCAAAGAGAUACUUCUGAUGUAAAGGAACUAAUUCCAGAGUUCUAUUACCUACCGGAGAUGUUUGUCAACAGUAAUGGAUACAAUCUCGGAGUCAGAGAAGAUGAAGUUGUAGUAAAUGAUGUUGGUCUUCCCCCUUGGGCAAAAAAACCUGAAGACUUUGUACGGAUCAACAGGAUGGCCCUGGAAAGUGAAUUUGUUUCUUGCCAACUCCAUCAGUGGAUUGACCUUAUAUUUGGCUACAAACAGCGAGGACCAGAAGCAGUCCGUGCUCUGAAUGUUUUUCACUACUUAACCUAUGAAGGCUCUGUGAACCUGGAUAGUAUCACUGACCCUGUGCUCAGGGAGAUCCCAGAAGCUUAUUUCAUUAGAGAUCCCCAUACGUUCCUCCUUACACAGGACUUUAUUAAGGCCAUGGAGGCCCAGAUACAGAACUUUGGACAGACGCCAUCUCAGUUGCUUAUUGAGCCACAUCCGCCUCGGAGCUCUGCCAUGCACCUGUGUUUCCUUCCACAGAGUCCACUCAUGUUUAAAGAUCAGAUGCAACAGGAUGUGAUCAUGGUGCUGAAGUUCCCAUCAAAUUCUCCAGUGACCCACGUGGCAGCCAACACGCUGCCCCACCUGACCAUCCCUGCGGUGGUGACCGUGACCUGCAGCCGGCUAUUUGCGGUGAAUCGAUGGCACAACACAGUAGGCCUCAGAGGAGCUCCAGGAUACUCUUUGGAUCAAGCUCAUCAUCUUCCCAUUGAAAUGGACCCCCUAAUUGCCAAUAACUCUGGUGUGAACAAACGGCAGAUCACAGACCUUGUUGAUCAGAGUAUACAAAUCAAUGCACAUUGUUUUGUGGUCACAGCAGAUAAUCGCUAUAUUCUUAUCUGUGGAUUCUGGGAUAAGAGCUUCAGAGUUUACUCUACAGAAACAGGGAAAUUAACUCAGAUCGUGUUUGGCCACUGGGAUGUGGUCACGUGCCUGGCCAGGUCUGAGUCAUACAUAGGCGGGGACUGCUACAUUGUGUCUGGGUCUCGAGAUGCUACCCUGCUUCUCUGGUACUGGAGUGGGCGACACCAUAUCAUAGGAGACAACCCUAACAGCAGUGACUAUCCAGCACCCAGAGCUGUCCUCACAGGCCAUGACCAUGAAGUUGUCUGUGUUUCUGUCUGUGCAGAACUUGGACUUGUUAUCAGUGGUGCUAAAGAGGGCCCUUGCCUUGUCCACACCAUCACUGGAGAUUUGCUGCGAGCCCUUGAAGGACCAGAAAACUGCUUGUUCCCACGCUUGAUUUCCGUCUCUAGUGAAGGCCACUGUAUCAUAUACUAUGAGCGAGGGCGAUUCAGCAAUUUCAGCAUUAACGGGAAACUUUUGGCUCAGAUGGAGAUCAACGAUUCAACCAGGGCCAUUCUCCUGAGUAGCGAUGGCCAGAACCUGGUGACCGGAGGGGACAAUGGUGUGGUGGAGGUCUGGCAGGCCUGUGACUUCAAGCAGCUGUACAUUUACCCUGGAUGUGAUGCUGGCAUCAGAGCAAUGGACUUGUCCCAUGACCAGAGGACGCUGAUCACUGGCAUGGCUUCCGGUAGCAUUGUAGCUUUUAAUAUAGAUUUUAAUCGGUGGCAUUAUGAGCAUCAGAACAGAUACUGAAGACAAAUGAAGAA